UCGAAACCGCUCUCGUUGGGAAAACCGCUUCGUCGAGCGCGAAAAUAUCUGGCCACCAAACCGCCGGGGAACGUUCUGGAGCGCCUCGGAUAUUUCCUCUUCGCUCGCCAAUUUUUUUCCAUUAUUUUUUUCCGCCUUCAUUAUUUUAAGGGCCCGCCUGCGAAGCCGGCGGCCUCCAUCUUUUCAGAUCAAAGAAGAAGCGUCUCCGACGAGAAACCGCAACGCACCAGCUUCUUCCGGCAUGAAAUCGCGACGUUGAGGCGGCGAGUGGCGAGUUCUCUUCCGGAAAUAAUGGAUCUCGAUGGAAGACCGUCUUACUACAGAGUCCUCGGCGUCGAUCGAGGCGCUUCGGUGACGGAGAUUCGCGGCGCGUACAGAAAACUCGCUCUGCAAUGGCAUCCGGAUCGGUGGACGAGAGACCCGUCGGUGGCGGGAGAGGCGAAGCGACAGUUUCAGCAGAUCCAGGAGGCAUACGCAGUUCUCUCGGACGAAGGGAAGAGGGCUCUGUACGACGCGGGACUGUUCGAUCCGCUAGAAGGAGAGGAUGAGGGAUUCUGCGAUUUUAUGCAAGAAAUGAUGUCGAUGAUGAACCAAACCAGAAGCCAGAAUGAUAGCUUUGAGGACCUUCAGAGGAUGUUUAUGGAGAUCGCGGGAGGUCCAAGCGUCCAGGCUUCUCCGGACGGGGGCCGUUGCGGAGCGCCGAGCCUCGCCACGCGGGAAGCGUCGAAGGGCGGGCCGAGCAGGCGGCGGCGACGGGAAGAAUGUCAAUCCAGGCCUCGGUUCCAUCACGGCUUCGGGUCGUAGAAGGCGUAGGAGUCGUCAUCCCUUCCGGUCGCCUCUGGCGUCUAAGGACCCCGCGGCGUCGACGGUUGGUGGCGGGCAUAGUGGGAAUUAAAAUGUUCUCCGAGAUAAUUAUGGUACCCCUUGUCAUGGGGGCAAAUGCAUUUCGUCAUUUUUGUCACGGCGUUGCCGUCUCCGUUGGUCUUUGCUUUUCUUGUGAAGUGCGUUGAUGGACGCCGUUUAAUUAGAAUGACAUAAUUAACCCUACAUUUAAAGUA